CAGGAAGUUCCGGUAGACGCACACCAUUCUUUAGAAUAAACAAAACGCCUGAGCUGUGCUGUCCUUUUCUCUUUAUCGCUACAGAUUAAGUCUGAGGCCGGUUACAUCAACAGUGAGGACAAACCCAGCCUGCCUCUCUCCUUCCACACUGAGUCCAAACCUACAGUCACUGGGUCCUGAUUGUGACAGUGGAGCCCAGUUUGCACUGCAGGAUCCAGAGAUGGCAUCGGUGAAGCUGGAAGACUGCAGUCAAACACUGGAGCUGAAUGUCAUCAUUAAAGAUGAAGAAGAGGAGGAGAAGAUUGGAGACCAUGUUGAGACAUUCUCUACAUCAAGAGAGAAACAGCAGGAAGAUGACAGAGCUAAGAGUUCUCACCACUGCCCACAUUGUGAGGAGAUUUUCCCAAUUCUAUCAAUGCUAAAAAUACACCUUAAAAUACACACUGGAGAGAAUCUGUAUCCCUGUACUGACUGUGGGAAGAGAUUCACGACAUCAAGGUCUCUGACAGUUCAUCAGAGAAUACACACAGGAGAGAAGCCUUACUUCUGCUCUGACUGUGAAAAGCGUUUCUCUCGACUGGACCACUUAAAAACACAUGAACGUAUACAUACAGGGGAGAAGCCUUACUCCUGCUCUGACUGUGGAAAUAGUUUCUCUCGACUGGGCGACUUAAAAACACAUGAACGUAUACAUACUGGAGAGAAGCCUUACUCCUGCUCUGACUGUGGAAAUAGGUUCUCUCGACUGGACCACUUAAAAACACAUGAACGUAUACAUACUGGAGUGAAGCCUUACUCCUGCUCUGACUGUGGAAAGAGUUUCUCUCGACUGGGAAACCUAAAAACACAUGAACGUAUACAUACAGGAGUGAAGCCUUACUCCUGCUCUGAAUGUGGAAAGAGGUUCUCUCGACUGGGCGACUUAAAAACACAUGAAAGUACACAUACAGGAGUGAAUUCUUACUCCUGCUCUGACUGUGGAAAGAGGUUCUCUCGACUGGGCCACUUAAAAACACAUGAACGUAUACAUACAGGAGUGAAGCCUUACUCCUGCUCUAACUGUGGAAAGAGGUUCUCUCGACUGGGCCACUUAAAAAGACAUGAACUUAUACAUACAGGAGAGAAGCCUUACUCCUGCUCUGAUUGUGGAAAAUGCUUCACAACAUCAACUGACCUAAAAGUUCAUCAGAGAACACACACAGGAGAGAAGCCUUACUCCUGCUGUGAUUGUGUAAAAUGCUUCAAAACAUCAACUGACCUAAAAGUUCAUCAGAGAACACACACAGGAGUGAAGCCUUACUCCUGCUCUGGCUGUGGAAAGAGUUUCUCUCGAAUGGGCCAGUUAAAAAGACACCAAGGUACACAUAAAGGAGAGAAGCCUUACCACUGAUCUGACUGUAGAUUUUUUUUUUUUAUUUUUAACAGCUGAGCUAAAAGGGUCAUCAGAGAACACGCACAGGAGAGAAGCCUUACGUCUGCUCUUAAUGUAGCAAGAGUUUCUCCCGAUUGGGCAAUGUAAAAACAAACCAACAGAUACACACUUGAGAGAAGCCUUAUCACUGCACUAACUGUGAGAAGAGAUUCUACAGAUUGGUGUCUUUUUAAAUGGCCCAAUGUAUACAUAAAGGAGAGAAGCCUCAUCAGUUCUCUCAGACCAGCUAAAAUUACCCACUCCACUUAAUUAUCAUCUAAUAAAAUAAUUAGCAACGUUGAAUUGGAUCAAAUAAAGAAAGCGUAGAUAACUGUAUUGUAAUCCUAUAGUUUCUCACUGUGAGAGAACUGUGCAGAGGAAAGGGAGCAUCAUAGAACGUUAGCCUCUUUACUAAUCAGUGUAAACCCUGUCAGUAUGUGUUUUGUUCGCUUCUACUGUAAAGAUAUUGACAUAGACAACAUACACUGAGUGUACAAAACAUUAGGAACACCUUUCUGAUAUUGAGUUUGUCCUCAGAACAGCCUCAAUUCGUAGGGGCAUAGACUGUCCAAGGUGUUGAGAGCAUUCCACAGGGAUUCUGGCCCAUGUUGACUCCAAUGCUUCCCACAAUUGUGUCAAGUUGGCUGGGAGUAGAUCUCUACUCUGAAUAGCUCCUUCCUUCUCCUCCCACAGAUGCACAAUUGGAUUGAGAUCUGGUGACUCGGCAGGCCACUGCAGUAAACUGAAUUCACAGUCAUGUUCUUGGAACCAUUCCUGGACAAGCCUUGUGGCGUAAUCCUGCUGAAGAAAUCUAUUUGCAGCUGGAUACACAGCUGCCAUGAAGGAUGCACCAGAGCAAAAAACAAUUAACUUUGGUUGCAGGAAUGAAAACACUGGAAAAUUUGAAAAGCAUUGCCUGGUCUGAUUAAUCCCGGUUCCUGCUGUUUCACACUGAUGGAAGGACUAGGGUAUGGAGAGAACCACGAGUACAUGCAAGUACCUAACUGUCAUACUUGAGUAAAAGUAAUGAUACCUUAAUGGAAAAUGACUCAAUUAAAAGUAAAAGUCAGACGGUAAAAUACUACUUGAGUAAGAGUCUAAAAGUAUUUGGUUGUAAAUAUACUUAAGUAUCAAAAGUAAAAGUAUAAAUGAUUUCAAAUUCCUAAAAUUAUGCAAACCAGAAGGCACAAUUGUCUUGUUUUUUUAUAUUACGGAUAGCCAGGGCACACUCCAACACUCUGACAUCAUUUACAAAUGAAGCAUUUGUGUUUAGUGAGUCUGCCAGAUCAGAGGCAGUAGGGAUGACCAGGGAUGUUAACUUGAUAAGUGUGUGGAUUGGACCAUUUUCUGUCCUGCUAAUCAUAAACAAUGUAAUGAGUACUUUUGGGUGUCAGGGAAAAUGUAUGGAGUAAAAAGUGCUUUAUUUUAUAUUGGAAUUUGGUGAAAUUAUAAAUAGUAAAGUACAGAUACAACUAAAGUAGGUCUUUUAAAUAAUUUAAUAGAGUAAAAAGUAUAUAUUUUCUUUAGGAAUGUAGUGAAAUAAAUGUAAAGUUACCCCCCAAAACACGACUAAAAGUUAUUUGAUUUUUUAAAAUUUAAGUUCUUUACACCACUGCAUGCAUCCAUGCCUCGUGUCAGCAUUGCAGGCUGGUGGUGUGAAGGUGUGGGGUGUGUUUUCAGGGAGCACAUGGGGCCCCUUGAUAAAAGAUGAAUGCCAAUCAGUUGCAUCCCUUCAUGGCAGCAGUGUCUGUCUUUUAAUACUAGAUUCAUUAUUUUAGUCAUUGAUGAUGAAUGUAUUUGAAGAACUGUAUUGAAGUUAAUUGAUCUGACGGCAGGUAGCCAGCGGUUAAGAGUGUUGGGCCAGUAACUGAAAGGUCGCUGGUUUGAAUCCCGAGCUGACUAGGUGUAAAAUCUGUGUUUGUGCCCUUGAGCAAGGCAAUUAACCCUUAUUUGUCCUGUAAUUUGCUCUGGAUAAGAGCAUCUGCUAAAUGACAAGAUUGUAAUGAAAAAUAAUGUUUGCAUGAAAUAAACUGUUUGAAGUGAAA